CGGUACUCUUUUAAAUCUAGGGUACCGGAACUUUCAUAGCACCACAACCAGUGACGACUGAUAAAAGUGUGAUGUAUUUCAAAGCCUACCACUACUAGUACUCCUUUUCGGGAUCCUUUGUCGCAUCCUUCAACCAUUCGUCCGUUUUUCGGUCUAGCCUGCCACCUUCUCCCAGACUCCGCUACAAUAAAUAUGACAAGCAAGGUUUCAGCAGACGCAGGAGGCACUUCGCAAGUUCAUUCGAUGGGGGUAAAUAUCAUUGGCUCCAAGGGCUGAUCAUUUAGUGCGUGAUGUCUCGGGGAUUUUGCCUGCCGGGCGCAUGAAUGGCAAAAACACCUCUUGGUAAAAACUAAAAAUUUUAGGGUCUGGCAAGGCACGGUCGAUGCAUUGCCUUGAGGAUAACAUAUGAUAAAUAACGAGAGGAAGCAAAGACCUUCAAGGAGGUUACUUUGAUGUCAGAAACAACACCCUCUCCUAACUUACCCGGGUCCGGGAAAGACUAUGGCAUUCAAAUCGCAUACCGUACCUUAUCAGUUCGCGUCGAAGAGAAACAGACUCGGACGAUUUCAAAAUCCCCGCCAGACCCAGCGGACGCAAUUGCAAGCAUAGAUGCUCAUUUACUGAGUGUCGACGAAGUAUAUACUCGGUAUUCCAGUCAUCCCACAGUCGGUUUGGAGCUUGCUGCUGUUCGUCGCAAGGAGCGUGAUGGCAAGAAUGUCAUUAGUCCUCCACCCACAGUCUACUGGAAGAAAUCGCUUAAUUAUAUCUUCGGUGGUUUCAAUUUUCUCAUGUGGAUCGCGUUCAUCUUGAGUAUCCUCUCCUAUAAACCACUCGGACCUCCUGAAGCUUUCACUCUUGGUGUUGCCGUGCUGUUGGUCCGUGAUUUCAACUCUAAUGCUCGAUUUCCCCCUUCUCAUCACCUACAGCUCCUGGUCAUAAUUGUUUCUGCUACAUUCUAUGCUUUGGUCGAUUGGAACGCGAGCAGAAUCAUGAAGUCGAUAAAGUCUCUAAUUGCACAUGAGGCUGCGGUCAUUAGGGACGGAAACCAGCAAAUAAUCAAGGCUGCUGAUAUCGUAGUUGGUGAUGUUGCAGUGCUCAACGCUGGCGACCGCGUCCCGGCCGACAUGCGUGUCGUGCAGGCAUCGUCCGACCUUCGCUUUGAUCGCUCUCUCCUGACGGGUGAAAGCGAAAUGGUACCAGGAGCUCUUGAGGCAACAUCUGAGAAUGCCCUGGAGACUCGUAACCUCGCACUGACUUCCACUUUUGUCGUACAAGGGACUUGUCAUGGAGUCGUGUUCGCCACUGGAGAUAGGACCGUCAUGGGACGCCUUGUUAAGAUGUCGGGAGAAACAAAGUUCAAGCUUACCACUAUCCAAAAAGAAGUGUGGUUUUUCACCAAAAUCAUUUCGUGUCUCGCACUCUUUUUCUUCUCCUUGUCGAUUCUUCUAUACGGCGUCUGGUUACGGACAACGUAUCCUGGGUAUGACACUGUGUCUUCAGCUAUCGUAAAUUCGAUUGGCUGCUUAACUGCUUUCGUUCCCCAAGGCCUCCCGAUUUGCGUGGCACUCUCGUUGACUGUUGUUGCCCGUCGCAUGGCUAAACGUCAGGUGUUGGUCAAGAACCUGGCGACCAUCGAGACGUUAGGAUGCAUGUCUGUGUUAUGUUCCGACAAGACAGGCACGUUGACUGCGGGAAAGAUGAUGGUAGAGAACAUUGCCUUCCUCGAUGACAUAUUUGGUGUCGAGGAAAUCAAUGAGAGAGUUACGAAGGCGUCAGACCCUGCCGUAUUUUCUGCGUUCAAGGCGCUCCAUCAGAUCGCGAGGCUUUGCAAUGGCGCGAAAUUCGACGCAACGACCAACCAUCUUCCUGUGCAGGAUCGUGCGAUCAAGGGCGAUCCGACUGAUACUGCUCUUUUACGUUUCUCCGAGGCCCUUACAAUUCCGGAGCUUGGUGUGGAUGCCAGUACUCUUCAGCAGGAAUAUGAGAAGAAGUUUGAGAUCCCUUUCAAUUCCCGCAACAAAUGGAUGCUUUCUGUGGUCUCCAAAGUCAACACCGCUGAGAAGAACGUAGAGUCGACAUGGAUGUUCGUCAAGGGAGCUCCCGAUGUUUUGUUUCCUUCCUGCGGCAGUGUGCUACAGAGUGACGGGACGGUCGUAAAGUUAACGGGUAGGGCGAGGCAGACGUUCGCCACGCUUCAAGAGGACUGGUCAAGCCGAGGCCAACGAGUACUUGUGCUAUGUAGGAAAACCAUAGAAGAAAUCAAGACUGGACUUCAGCCGAAUGACAUGGAAGAUCUCAUGUACUCGGAAAUGUGCGAUUUAACCUUGGUUGGUCUAAUUGGCAUUUGCGAUCCUCCUCGCCCGGAUGUCUCGCCGUCGAUUUCCAUCAUUCGACGAGCUGGAGUUCGAGUUUUUAUGGUCACUGGUGAUUUUAAGCUCACCGCUCUAGCUAUUGCACGCCAGGUCGGUAUCAUUACUCAGCAUGUUGUUGAUACCAUCCAGGAUAUCCGAGCCGCUGCAUCUGAGAAGGUCUCGCCGAAAGAUUAUCAUCUUAUCAAGCCAUCCGAUGAUGAUCCUAUCCGCUCCCUAGUACUUACAGGGGAAGACGUCGCAUCUCUCACACCGUUUGAUUGGAAUGUCAUCGUCGGGCAAUACACUGAAAUUGUGUUUGCCCGCACCACUCCUGAUCAAAAGAUGAAGAUUGUCGAGGAAAUCAAGGCCCGCGGCGACAAUACUGUGGCUGUGACUGGUGACGGUGUCAACGAUGCACCCGCUCUCAAAGCUGCUGAUAUUGGUGUCGCGAUGGGUAGCGGCAGUGAUGUGGCCAAGGAAGCCGCCGCGUUGAUUUUGUUGAAGAAUGACUUUGCUUCCAUCCCUGUCGCAAUAGAGAUGGGUCGGCUAGUCUUUGAUAACCUGAAGAAAGUUACAUUGUACCUCAUGCCUGCUGGAAGUUAUUCGGAGUUCAUGGCGGUCCUCGCAAAUGUAUUACUAGGCAUGCAGAUUCCCAUGAACUCGUAUCAACAAGUCUGCUAUUGCAUCACCAACGAUGUCAUCAUGUCCAUCUCGCUAAUGUAUGAGCAGCCGGAGUGGGACUUGAUGCGGCGCAAACCACGCAACGCCAGGACCGACAGGCUUACGGAUUGGCGCCUUUUCUUCCAUGUCUACUUGUUCUAUGGACUGAUGCUGUGGCCUUGCGCGAUGGCGAUGUGGUUCUUGUACAUGAGCCAGCAGGGCCUCGGGUUCUAUGAUGUCAUCUUGACUUUCAGCAAAUGGGGGGAGGGCUGGCAAGGUUACACUUCCGGUCAACUAACCCACUUCGUCGAUGUUGGUCAAUGCAUUUACUAUGUGACGGUGGCCAUUGGACAGUAUGGGACUCUUCUAUCGGUUCGCAACCGCCGAGUAUCAAUACUGCAAUCAAAUCCUCUAUGGGGCCCGCGUCGCAACCUGCUGGUACUUGUCGGCAUGACGGGCACAAUAUUGAUCUGUAUCGUGAACCUAUAUGGACCUGGCUUCCAGCGGGUGUUUGGCACGGCGCCUAUCCCUGGGAUGUUCUGGGGUCUUCCAUAUACCUUUGCUUUGGGGAUCCUGCUCGUGGACGAAACUCGUAAAGCAAUUGUGAGGAAAUACCCGAAAGUAUGUUUUGAGUUAUGCGACCGUACUGGAACUUUAAUUCACACUUUUCUACAGUCUUUCAUUGCGUGGCUGGCAUGGUGA